AUGAGUUCUACAACUGAAAUUGUUGCCAAACUGGAAGAAUUGUCUCGUAAAUUAGAAAAAAUCAAUACACUGGAAGCUUCACUUGAACAUCUCAGUGCUAAGUAUGAUGAAGUUGUAAUGACUGCCGAUUCUCUUAAAAAAGAGGUUCAYYAUCUAAAAGUAGAGAACAGCAGCCUCAAAGCGCAAGUAUUUGCCUGUCAAGAAAAGGCAACACAAAAUGAAAUUGACAUCAAUGAGUUGGAACAGUAUUCUAGGCGGGAUUGUCUAGAAAUACGAGGUAUACCACAGAGUCGCGAUGAAGAUACAGAUGAGAUCGCGAAGAAAGUCGGAGAKCUCAUUGACRUGGACUUGGAAUACGAUGACAUCUCAACAAGUCAUAGGCUCUCAGAAGGACCUCAGACAAGAAGCGAUGGAGUUCAAGUAAAGAGAAUACCAGCAAUAAUUGUUAAAUUCACGAAGAGAUCGGCUCGUGAUGAAUUCUACCAAGCGCGAAAGAGACUUAAGGGGAAAUCAACUAAUGAUAUCGGACUCACAAGACAGCCAAACCAACCUAUAUUCAUUUCCGAAAGCCUCACAAAGAAAAAUAAGGUCUUAUUUAAUACCUGCUUAAAGGCGAAGAAGGAAUUUGGCUUCAGAUUCAUAUGGACAAACUACGGUAAGAUCUGCAUGAGAAAGAACUCUGACAGUCCAGUCAUUACUAUCAAGAACUAUGGCGAUCUUAUCAAACAUAAACUGGCAAUAAGCUAA